AUAUAUUGGAAGAUAAUGGGAAGCAAGUCGAGAGAUAGAGAGAUGGAGAAAAAUAGAGAAGCUCGAAGAGUGCCCAUGGCGGCCGCCGGAAAUGGCUUCUCUAGACGGAGACAUAGAGCCGGAAGUUUCAGAGACUCUCCAGAGGAGGAUGUUCCGGUGGAGUAUACGGAGACGGCGAGGUUAAGAGAUCGAGGAACGAGUUCGAAGAAGGAUCGAGAUCGAGAACGAGAAAGGGAGAGGGAGAGUCAGAGAGAUCGGUUAAAUAGCCGGAGUAAAAGGAGAAGAGGAGAACGAUUGGUGAUGAUGCAAGGUAAUAUAGACGACGGCGGCGGAGAAGACGAAGACGACGAUACCUCCGAGGAGAGUGUAAACGAUGAUGAAGAAUACGACGACGGCGGUGGAGCGACGAAGAUGCUUCCACCAAAUAAUCACCAUCAGAGGAAGAGUUUUCCUCAGAGUAAAGUCUUCAGAUCGUCUCCUUCUCCGACGCCUUCAUCUCCUAUUGUAACUUCAUGGAAAGCCGCCGACGAAAUGAUCGGUGUGUCGGUUCCUAGAAAAGCCCGGUCAGCUUGUACUAAGAGGUCGCAUGAGUCUUGGACUAGCGGCGGAGGAGUUUUCGCUUCCGGUGAGAAAAUUCACCGGCAAAUAUCAAGUCCGGCUUCUAUGUUAGCUUCUCCGUCUCCACCAGCUCCUCUGUCUCCAUCUUCCUCUAACGUUUUAGUCCGGAAGAAGAUGACUCCUGGACCAAAACCGAAGCCGCUUCCACCAAAAUCUCCGGUGGCGGUGCAAGACGAAAUCGAGAUCGAGAUCGCGGAGGUUUUAUACGGAAUGAUGAGACAACCACAAGGACCAGCUAAACAAGAAACCGCCGGGAAUGAUUCCGGUGAGAACAGUAAACCAACGGGGGAAGUGAAGUCGACGUCAUCUCCGCCGAUCUUCAACUCGCAGGUUGCUACUCCAUUAUCAGCAAAUUCGAAUAUCGCUCCUAAGAGGAAGAGGCCGCGACUAGUUAAAUACGACGAGGAUACUAAUUACAAAACCAAAAAGUCUGAAGACGAAGUCCCUUUAAGAUCCACCGGAGAGACGAAAAAAUUACAACCAUCGACGUCGUUAGAUUUGAGCUCCGCGGCGGAGAAGAAAGAAAAUGGUAUCUCAAAAGAAGAAAAAGUAUCACCGGAAAUGGAAUCUUCGUCUGGGAUAAGAUCCGAUGGCGAUGUGACAAUCACGUUAAGAGUUAACCCGAGUUUGCCUACAUCGGAAAUGGAGAAGAUAGAGUUAAAUCUGAUGGCGCCACCGCAGAGGAGAGAGUCGUCACCGGCGAGAGAUGGUGAUACUGAAUGUGUGGUGGUGACAGAAGCUAAACCUAAAGUCACAAUUAUGGAAUCGGAAACAAAGCCUCUCCUAGAUUUUGGCUGCAAGGAAGAUCUGACUUUGAAUUCUCAAGAUAGAAAUCCCAGAUCUCAAGCAGGAGGAGAUGAAUUUCACAAAUCAGAGAGAAACUGUCAACUUAAACUCGAUCUUUCUGACCCAGAGAACAAACACCAUGGUCAGAAGCAGCUAUCUAGUUCCGAUAGAGCAGCUCAAGCUAAUAAUUUGUCUCUGCAAAUGUCAAUACCAAGCUGGCCUGGAGGGAUUCCUACAAUGGGAUACUUGGGGGGACCUACUCAUGGUGUUAUGCCGACAGAUGCCAACUCUUUAUUACCAUCCUCGACAAUGCAGCCUCCGCAUAUGUUAUUUAACCAACCGAGGCCAAAGAGAUGUGCAACUCACUGUUAUAUCGCUCGGAAUAUCCAUUAUCACCAGCAAUUCACCAAAUUGAAUCCCUUCUGGCCUCCAACAGCAGGAUCACUACCUUUGUACGGGUCAAAGGCCUGCAAUCUUAGUCUCAUGCCUUCUGGAGAGCUACAAGGGAGUGUUCUGAGCAGAAGUUCAAACACUGUACCCGAGAAGAGCUCUCUUUCUGCACCUAACAGCUCAGAUACAGCUCAAAGGAAGCAAAUAUUGCUCCAGCAAGCUCUGCCUGCAGGAGCCAGUAACAACAUCAUGCACGGCCCGACAUUUAUAUUCCCACUGAGCCAGCAGCCUCAUGCAGCAGCUGCAAUAGCUGCCGCUUCUGGAAGGCCUCCUAACGCCGGCAACGCAGUUGUUUCAUCUGGUGCAGUGGCUGCUUCCGCGUCCAUGAAUGGUUCUCCAUCAACAGCUCCAGUUGGUGCUACAGCAAUGAGCUUCAGCUACCCAAAUAUACCGACCAAUGAAACUCAGUAUCUGGCUAUCUUGCAGAAUAAUGGGUAUCCAUUUCCAGUCCCAGCGCAUGUUGGCACACCUGCUUAUAGAGGAGUUACCGGGCAGCCUAUGCCAUUCUUUAAUGGUUCGUUCUAUUCUUCUCAAGUGGUCCACACUCCACUUCAUCAGCCACAACAGCAAUCUGGUCAAGGGCAACAGACCCAUGCUCCCAACAACCAGAACACAAAUGUUUCCCCUGGUUCCUCGGCUGCACAAAAGCUUCUCCAGAACCAACAACGAAGGCCACCAGUAAAUUCACAAGGAUUUCCUACCCAGAAAGUUCACAGGCAGCAUCCCAGAGAUAACACAACUCAACAUAGUGAACCUGCAGGAGAAGCGAACCCAUCCACUACUGAUAGUCGAGCCUCGCGUUCCAGUGUUGCAUAUGCCCAAAACUUUGCUUUGCCGGUGCAGCCAACUAACAUGGGUUUGAUGGGUACUGCAGCCUCAGGUGUCGGAGUUCUCGGUUCCUCUAACAAUCAUAGUGAAAGGAAACCAGAACAGCAGGUAUCAAAGGUGGGUGUGGAAUCUAUUCAGCCUCAGCCUUACGCAAUGACCUUUGCAGCGUUCAACGGAGGUAUGCCAACUAUGGCUCAAAAUCAUGCUAUACUCCAUGGCGUUCCAGAAACAGCAAGGCAAGAGUAUCAUCAAAUGAUGGCAGCUGCUGCUAAACAUAAAAUGAAUACGGAAGAUGGAAAAUCUGGGUCUAAUGCUUCUGCUAAUGCCACAGAGGAAUGGAAGACAACAGGGGCAAAUGGUAAAUCAACAACUGCAGGUGUUGGGAAGUCUAUUGCUUUCUCUGGCAAACAAGAUCCGGCUGAUGCAUCUGCUUCUGCGGUAACAGGUGCGGGUAUUAUUGAUAGCUCAGCUCGGUUGCUCAACCUUGGCUCUGCUCAGCCUUGGAGUUCCAAUCCUGCACCGACCUCUCACCAGCAGCAACACAUGCAGAGGAAUCAACCUCAGCAGCAGCAAUAUAGCAAUUAUCUCCAGAUGCAACAACAGUACGCAGUUGCUGCUGCUAGAGGCAAAGGGCCAGUGAUGAGUAACGGGAGUGGUUUCCCCGAUCAUUAUAUUGCCACCGCGCCUUCAAUGGGAUCCAAUAACCCUCAUGCUAGUUCAGGAUUUCCUCAGAAUCUUGUCCAGUCCGGUGGUAGUGGCAGUCCGGCUCAGUCUCCUCAGUGGAAGAACAAUUCACCCAGAGCAAACUCCAUGACCCAAGCUCAGCCUCCUUCCAUGAUGUCACCAUCUGCUUCAUCAUCACUUAAAAACAUACAGCAGAAACAGCAAGGUCGACCUCACCAGUCACAUAUAUCUUUUGCAGCAAACUCUAAAUUUCCGCCUUCUUAUUCACCAACGCAGCAAGGAGUGGGUAGUGCUAACCAGGUUCCAUCACCCACUACGUCUUCUAUCUCCAAAAACGCCGGAGCAAUCCCAAGAACAAUCGCCCCAUCCUCAACAGCGAACAAAACUGGACAUGGUCAAGCUUCCUCCUCUUCUCUGUCUUCAUCUCAGCCAUCAAAGAACUCACAGUCGGCAUUAUCUACAGGUGGAAGGAACAAUGGUCAAUCUAUUCUCGGAAAUCCUCAUGUUACUGCCACCACCUCAAACCCUACAUCUAAGUCUCAACAACAACAACACCUGCAACAAGCUCAGCUUUACUUCUCAAGCCCAUAUAUGCAAGCUCAACAUCAUCAGCAGCAGCAACAACAUUUGAAUCUCUCUAGCUAUUACGUCCAAAGACAUCAGCAGCAGCAGCAACAACAAGCAGGAUCAUCAGCUGCUGCAACAUCUGCUACUCUCUCCAGCUGCACCACUGUCACUUCAGAUUCAGCGAAAGCCAUUAAUACAAAAGGUGGAGGGAACAACAACAACUUGCAGAAUACACAGACUGUAGAGAAGACGCAUCAUCAUCAGCAGCAGCUAGGUCCUCCAGGAUUUCCAUACGUCCACCCUGGUCAAGUGAAACCUGGAGAUCAGAAGCAACAAGCGGGUGAGUGAAAAUGAAAACCCAUUCGAUGGUUGCUUUGGGAGUUCUUCUCACGCUUGUUGAUUCCUCUGAAGCAAUGCUCUGAGGAACGGUAGAAUUUGGACAGUGUGAGAGGUCCUAAGAAACUGGCGGAUCAGAAGAGGAAAGAAACACUCCCACACUCACUAACCAGUGAGAGACCAUUACAGGGAUGGUCUUGGUGGUUUUAAGAACUGUCUCCAACUAAGUUAGUGUUAUAUUCUGACAACAAUCGUCAAACUAGUAGAGGGAAUAGAUCAUUCAAGGUUAAAUUAGCUUUAAGAAUUUUAUUCAUUUCUUAUUGGGAGUAGGGUUGUUUAUGAUUGAAUUAAAAGAAAGGGUAGCCUAAAGGAAAAUGCGGAAGGUGUUGCUCUUUGGUAUGUAGCUUUAGACUUUGAUUCUAUCGAGUAGAAAAAGAAAAAGGAACCAAUUUUGUGUCAAGAAAGAUGAUGGAGAAGUAAAAAUGCAUGUGUGUAUCUGUUGUAUGUACAUGUGGUUUGGCUAGGAAGUAAAUAUAUAUAUAGGGAUGUAUUUAUAUGUUUUUGGCUGAUCGUGAAACUCAAAAAAAAAAAGAAUGCUUAUUUUGUGCUUUUGUCAAUGA